AGUGCCGAGCCGGAAGUGGGCGGGACAUACCGGAAGGAGGAGGUGAAACGCUCCCCCGGGUAGGCGCUUCACGGCUGUGAAGAUGGCGGAGCCUGCGUGGCUUCAAGUAUUACCUGUCAUGCUGUUUCUGGGGGCUCAGCCUUUUCCGUUUUCGUUUCUCGGUGCGGGGCCCUCGCCGGUGUCUGCCGCUGACCGAUCCAAGUGGCACAUUCCGAUGCCGUCGGGGAAAAAUUACUUCAGUUUUGGAAAGAUUCUUUUCAGAAAUACCACUAUCUUCCUCAAAUUUGAUGGAGAACCUUGUGAUUUGUCUUUGAAUAUAACCUGGUUUCUGAAAAGUGCUGAUUGUUACAAUGAAAUCUACAACUUCAAGGCUGAGGAAGUAGAGAAAUAUUUGGAAAAACUUAGGGAAAAAAGAGGCUUGUCUGGGAAAUAUCAAACAUCCUCAAAGUUGUUCCAGAACUGUAGUGAACUCUUUAAAACACAGAGCUUUUCUGGGGAUUUUCUGCAUCGACUGCCUCUUUUAGGAGAAAAACAAGAGGCUAAAGAGAAUGGAACCAAUCUUACCAUUACUGGAGAGAGAACUGCAAUGCACGAACCAUUGCAAACUUGGCAAGAUGCACCAUACAUUUUUAUUGUACAUGUUGGCAUUUCAUCCUCCAAAGAAUCAGCAAAAGAAAAUUCACUAAGUAAUCUUUUUACCAUGACUGUUGAAUUGAAGGGUCCCUAUGAAUAUCUCACACUUGAAGAUUACCCACUGAUGAUUUUUUUCAUGGUGAUGUGCAUUGUAUAUGUCCUGUUUGGUGUUCUGUGGCUGGCAUGGUCUGCCUGCUAUUGGAGAGAUCUCCUGAGAAUUCAGUUUUGGAUUGGUGCUGUUAUCUUUCUUGGAAUGCUUGAGAAAGCUGUCUUCUAUGCAGAAUUUCAAAAUAUCCGAUACAAAGGAGAAUCUGUUCAAGGUGCCUUAAUCCUUGCAGAGCUGCUUUCUGCAGUGAAACGUUCACUGGCUCGAACCUUGGUUAUCAUAGUCAGUCUGGGAUAUGGCAUUGUCAAGCCUCGCCUUGGAGUCACUCUUCACAAGGUUGUGGUAGCAGGAGCCCUUUAUCUUUUGUUCUCUGGCAUGGAAGGGGUCCUCAGAGUUACAGGGGCCCAGACUGAUCUUGCUUCCUUGGCCUUUAUCCCCUUGGCUUUCCUAGACACUGCCCUGUGCUGGUGGAUAUUUAUUAGCCUGACUCAAACAAUGAAGCUGUUAAAACUUCGGAGGAACAUUGUAAAGCUGUCUUUGUACCGGCAUUUCACCAACACGCUUAUUUUGGCAGUGGCGGCUUCUAUUGUGUUUAUCAUCUGGACAACCAUGAAGUUCAGGAUAGUGACUUGCCAGUCAGACUGGCGAGAGCUAUGGGUAGACGAUGCCAUCUGGCGGCUGCUGUUUUCCAUGAUCCUCUUUGUUAUUAUGGUUCUCUGGCGACCAUCAGCAAACAACCAGAGGUUUGCCUUCUCACCAUUGUCAGAGGAAGAGGAGGAAGAUGAACAGAAGGAACCCAUGCUAAAAGAAAGCUUUGAAGGAAUGAAAAUGAGAAGUACCAAACAAGAACCAAAUGGAAAUAGUAAAGUCAGCAAAGCACAGGAGGAUGAUUUGAAGUGGGUAGAAGAGAAUGUUCCUUCUUCUGUAACUGAUGUAGCACUUCCAGCCCUUCUGGAUUCAGAUGAGGAACGAAUGAUCACACACUUUGAAAGGUCUAAAAUGGAGUAAAAGAUAAGAAACUUUGCAGUUGAAGUUGGCUAGUGUCAGGGAAGAGAUCAGCAUCUGUGUCAGUCUUCUCCAUCCAUGGAUUAAAGCAGGCAAUGUCAUCCUGAUCUGUUCCUUGAUCUUUGUGCUCGGGAGCUGGCAAGAGGUGUCAGAACAAGGAGAACAUCUUACUGGAAACACAUUCAUAGGAUGAGAAAAUCUACACGUUUCGUAUUUACAACAUUGAUACUCUUUCUCUCCCACACCCAGAAACGGAUAUGUAUGCAACUUAUGUGUUUGUUGUUCCUGAACUCUCUAUUUCAGUUGUUUAAUUUGUCAAACUAAAAAGGUUAACAUCGUCUAAAGGACUGUAUCAUCAGCACCAUAAUAUGUAAUUUUCAGGAGCAACUGCCUGCAGUUUUUAUUUAUUUCAGGAGUUGCAUAGGUGAUGGAGGAACUUGUUACUUACCUUUCAGUUUUCUGGGAAGUCAUGGCAACAUCUUGAAGAGGCAAUUUUGACUAAAACAUGGCCCUUCUGAGUUAAGCAGUCAUGCUACUGUCUGUGACCAAAAGGAAAAAAAGAGAGAAACAGUUAAAUGUGGUUCAGAUUGUUAAAAAAAAAAAAAGCAAAAUCAAGUGCAAUUUUAUUUACAAUGGUGUAUAUUAAAGAUUUUUCUAUUUCAGAUGUACUUUAAAGAAAAAUGUUAGCUCUUUUGACAUCUGCUAUUGUGACACAUCCCAUUGCUGGCAAUGUGGUGCACACUCCAAAACCUUGAACUACUGUUUUGUAAGCCCCUAAGGGGGGUUUUGUGGAGUCCUAGGCAAUGUUUGGUUUGCCUUCAUGCCAUUCUCUGGGAGUUGCACUAGAUACUAAGAAGCACUCCAUCUCAGUGCUAGGAUUGAGCACCUGCUCGAGGGACUGUGAGGCUUUGGAAGCGGGUGCUCGUGGAAUGGAAACAGAUCCUGCUGGCUUUUCAGUUCUUGCAUGAAGUAGUGUGGAGGCCCUGGACUGCUGCUUGUUUUUUUUUAGGGUUGAUUGUUCUAGUAUCUGGUGUUGGUUUAGAAACUGUUUGUAAGGGACAUCACAAGGUGAUGGUAUUCACUUGAAGCACUCUAUUUCUGUUUUAAUGGUUUUAUCCAAUUUUGCCUUCCUGAGAUUUUUGUUCUACAUAAAAAGCCCAUUCCCCCUUUUAAUAUAAAAAUUUAACAAAAU